CCGUUUAUUGCAAUUUUGUCAACUCUGUACACCUUAUAACAACUCCAGGUUGAAUAUGCCAAUACUAAAAGUUUAUUGGUCGAUCAAUUGAAGUUUGCCUGUGUCUUUCAGAGGGAGAGAUGGAGGUGACACGGCGGAGAAGUGUAUUACAUUUUUUGAUCACGCUGGUGGUUCUUGCCGGAGCUGGGAAAGGUCAACUGGUUGAGAAUUUCUAUGCGGGAACCUGUCCGAUGGUGGAAGCGAUCGUGAGACAGACGGUGGUCACAAAGGUCGGCCAGACUUUUACAACAAUUCCGGCCACUCUUCGUCUCUUUUUCCAUGACUGUUUUGUUGAGGGAUGUGAUGCUUCGGUUAUGAUCUCAUCACCGAAUGGAGACGCCGAGAAGGAUGCGGAGGACAAUCUUUCGCUCGCUGGCGAUGGGUUCGAUACUGUUAUCAAAGCUAAACAAGCGGUUGAGUCUGUUUGCCCUGGUGUCGUGUCGUGUGCCGAUGUUUUAGCCAUUGCUGCUCGAGAUGUGGUGGCCCAGGCUGGGGGGCCUCUCUUUAACGUGGAAUUAGGUCGACGAGAUGGACUUAUUUCACAAGCAUCACGAGUCGUCGGAAACCUACCGGAUCCAACCUUCAAUCUCAUUCAACUCAACACCAUGUUUGCAAGAAACAACCUCACAGAACUCGACAUGAUCGCACUUUCAGGAGCCCACACACUUGGUUUCUCUCACUGCAAUCGUUUUGCCAAUCGUCUGUACUCAUUUUCACCGGCCUCCACGGUUGACCCUUCUUUAAAUCCCACUUACGCUCAACAAUUAAUGGCUGCUUGCCCUCAAAAUGUAGAUCCUAAUAUUGCUAUAGAUAUGGAUCCCGAAACUCCUCGGACUUUUGAUAAUGUUUAUUACCAGAACUUAAUAGCAGGGAAAGGUUUGUUUACAUCGGAUGAAGUUCUUUUUACAGACGCAUCGUCUCAGCCAACGGUUAAUGAUUUUGCAAACAGUCCAGGGGAUUUUAACGCGGCGUUUGGAACUGCUAUGAGGAAGCUUGGGCGGACUGGCGUCAAAAUCGGCAUCCAGGGGGAAAUAAGAAGGGAUUGCACAUCUUUUAAUUGAAUAAACUUGCCAAAUGUUCAAUUCCAUCCAGAUUUUGGUUAAGUAAUAUAUAUCAUUUAUACAAAGUGUUUUAGAUUCUUGAAGUAUUACAAUAAAUCUGAUAUGAAAGAGAAAGCUAAUAAGUCUAUGAAAUUUGAAUAAA